AUGAUCAGCCUUGUAAAAUCGGGCAGCAAGUGGCAGAAGAAAGCUGAACUAGGACGAAGUCCAAGAAUCUCCUAUUUGGGAACUGAAGAUAAGCUGAACCAUGACUCACCUGCCCAUAAGGGGCACUUUGUCAGCUACACAACCGAUGAUGAACGCUUCACAUUACCCCUAAAGUAUCUUGGGAAUGAAAUCUUCCAACAGCUCCUGAAGAUGUCUGAGGAUGAGUUUGGGCUGCCGGGCGAUGGGCCCAUCCGGGUGCCCUGCGAUGCAGUCUUCAUGCAGUCUGUAGUACUGCUCAUCCGACAAGGGGUCACUAAAGAUCUCGAGAAAGCUUUAGUCAAUUCCAUUGCUUCGUGCCAUUGCAAUCUGGAUUCGGUUCUUCAACAGAGCUUCAUUAGCCAACAGGGUAUUCUUUGCGGUUGA